AUGAAAUUCUAUCUUCUGUGUAUCACACUAGCAGCCUUAGCAGCUGGCUUUAGUGCCUCAAUCGUGAAGUCACCGUCUUCAAGAUCCAGUUUGUACUACGGAUAUAUAGAGCCUGGUGAUCGGCUGCUUAACAGAACUUACGUUUGGCAACCGGCGAUCCCCAACACUGUUCAGUCUCAAGAUGUAAUUUACCGUGGGAAUUAUACGACUAGGAUAUCAGCCAUUCAGGCGGUCGAGAUUGGAUACACGCAGUACGCAACACCUUGGUUGCUGUAUGGAGUGAUUCAAAUUAUUAAAAGAUGA